AUGGCGACCCUCCUCCCCCCACCCAAACGCAGAAAAGUGUAUCAUGGCGUCCCAGAGCCAGAACCCGAACCACCCAAACCAUCGCCGAAUGUGGUGGUACAGUUUGUGUCUGAUGAAGAUGGGAGUUCGUUGGCGCCUGUUGUGAACCUUCCUGCUAAUUUGUCGAGGGAGAAUUUGGAGGCGUUGUUGAACAAGUUGGUUGUCAAGGAAGGCGAAGACGAUCCCGUACCCUAUUCUUUCCAUAUCAACCUACCCGAGAAAAAGUCUAGCGAAGACGAUAAGGCGACGCCGAGUAAUGCGCCGACGAGGAUUGUACUUUCGAAAUCUAUCGAGGCGGAUGUGUUGGACCACCCCUCGGGCGAGUUCACGCCUGAGGAUGUGAUCGUUGUGCGGUGUGCGCCGCAGAGUGUGUUUAGGGUCCGUCCUGCGACGCGGUGUUCGUCUACUCUUUCUGGCCACAAAAACCCCAUCCUCUGUGCCUCCUUCUCGCCUACGGGCAACCUCCUCGCGACUGGUUCAGGGGACACCAACGUGCGGCUGUGGGACCUCAACACCGAGCUCCCCUCGCACGUCCUCGCGGGGCACCGCGGGUGGGUUCUCUGCGUCGAGUGGGAGGCGAUGGAGCGCAAGUUGGCGAGUGGCGGGCAUGAUGGGCAGGUCAGGCUUUGGGAUCCGAAGACGGGGAAACCGAUUGGGGAUGCGCUCAAGGGACAUACGAAGUGGAUUAUGAGUCUUGCUUGGGAGCCUAUUCAUAUAAACCCCACCUCCCCGCGCCUCGCCUCCUCCUCCAAAGACUGCACCGUCCGCGUCUGGAACACCUCCACCCGCCAACUCGAGUACACCAUCGGCGGGCACACCGCCACCGUCAACAUCGUCAAAUGGGGCGGGUCCGGCGGGCCCAAAGGUGUCCUAUACACCGCCUCCAGCGACCGCACCGUACGAAUCUGGGAUGCAGACCAAGGCCGGCCUCUACACACCCUCAAAGAGCACGCGCAUUGGGUUACGACUCUAACGUUGAACACCGAUUUCGUGCUUAGGACGGGCCCGUUUGAUCAUACGGGCAGACGGCCGAGGGAUGAUGACGAGGCGAGGGAGAUGGCCAAGAAGAGGUUUGAUAACCUACUCAAGACGACGCCUGAGCUGUUGAUCUCUGGGUCGGACGACCACACGCUCUUUCUGUGGUCUGUAUUCCCGAGUGCCUCGCCGGCUGGUGCGACCCCGGGGCAGACGAGCGUGACGAAACCGCUGACGCGGCUCACGGGGCACCAGCGGCAGAUCUCGCAUGUGGUGUUCUCGCCGGAUGGGAGGUGGGCGGCGUCGGGUGCUUGGGAUAGUAGUGUGAGGAUAUGGGAGGGGCGGACGGGCAAGUUUGUGGCUACCCUUCGUGGGCAUGUGGGUGCUGUGUAUCGGUUGGCGUGGAGUGCGGAUUCGAGGAUGUUGAUUAGUGCUAGUAAGGAUAGUACGCUCAAGAUCUGGGAUCUCAAAACGUACAAAAUCAAAAACGACCUGCCUGGUCAUACAGACGAAGUCUACUGCGUCGACUUUGUUGCUGAUAAAGUCGUCAGUGGAGGAAGGGAUUGUACGGUUAAAAUUUGGAAAAACUGA